AUCAGAAGAUACCAUCUGUAAACAUGGCGUCUGACUUCAGGUGGAGAUGUGUAGUGCUCCUGCUCUGCACUAAUUUGCUUUGUGUUCUAGCGGCUGAAAGUAAAGAAAAACCCAAGAAAAAGAAAGACAUACGAGACUACAAUGACGCGGAUAUGGCGCGGCUUCUGGAGCAGUGGGAGAAAGAUGAUGACAUCGAGGAGGGCGACCUCCCAGAGCACAGACGAUCUCCUCCACCCAUCGAUUUCUCCAAGGUGGAUCCAUCCAAACCUGAAGAGCUGCUGAAGAUGUCCAAGAAGGGCAGGACCCUGAUGGUGUUUGCAACAGUGUCCGGAGAUCCCACCGAGAAGGAGACAGAGGAGAUCACAGGCCUGUGGCAGGGCAGCCUCUUCAAUGCCAACUUUGAUAUUCAGAGGUUCGUGGUGGGCUCCAACAGGGUGAUCUUCAUGCUCCGGGACGGCAGCAUGGCCUGGGAGGUCAAAGACUUCCUGGUGGCUCAGGAACGCUGUGUGGACGUGACCGUGGAGGGACAGGUGUUCCCUGGGAAAGCAGCCAAGAAGGAUGACGCUAAAUACAAGCAGCAGAAUGAGGUCAACACUAAGAAGAAGAGCAAGAAGAAGACGGAGAACAAGAAACCAGACUUGGAGGGCAACACUGCCAGCAACCUGAAGCAGGAGCUUUGAUGGAGUCACAGCAGGAGAUGAGGAGUCGGGUUCUCCACUGUCUGAUGGUGUCAGUUUUACUGCUACGAGAAAUAAACUCCAAGGAGGUCGCAAAAGACACGAGGAGGCGAUGUUCUGACUGAACUUACAAAACCUAAAGUAUUCAUGUAAAUGCUGAGAGACUCUCGGGUUUGUCUCCACCUGUUUUUCAGUUCUUGGUCAAAAGUCAUGAUCACAUCCUUUAACGAGUUGUAAAGUCAGUGUUUUAAAGGAGCAAUUUGUAAUAUUUCAGGUUGAAAAUGUCCAAAAGUGGUCUAAAAUUAGCAUGGAAGUGUCAAAAAUAACACUUUUUCAUGUUACAUCACAGAGGCUAUUAUCUUUUCCUUCAGAGAUAUUUAAGGUUAGCAUGCUAAUCUGCUAGCCCAAGCCUAUCAUGUCCUGUAAAACCAUUUUGGACCACAAGAGGCGUAGUAACACUGUACUGUGAAUUUGUUGUGUAGGUUUGAACAGUGACUCAACAGGUAACUUUAAAUGUUGCCGCCUCUGUUGAUUAUUGCUGGAGCAAAUUUUUCAUUCUGAAUUUUACAGAUUGGCCCUUUAAUCAGGUUUUCACUGAAUGAAUAAAACACAUGCUCAUUUUGUUUGAGAGGUACUUAUGAGAAGAAUGGUUGAACCGAUGGAAGUUUUUCUAGGUACCAACAUCAGUGAAAUCAAAUGCACUCAUGUGUUUAAUUUUCCACUGAAUAGAAAAAUAAACAUUUUUAUACAAUUCA